AUGUUUGAUUCUGUCUUCUCUGAUCCUCCCCUUUUUCUACUGUCCCCAAUCCAUCUGCUGAUAGAACAGAACAGAACCUUGGGGGCAAGCUACACAUGCUCAGUUUCGUGUGAACUGCUAGAGAGCAUGUGAUCAGCACAGGGCCAAUCAGCAUUGUCCAGAGGUCAGGGGUUCUGCAACCUCAGAGGAGAGAAUGAAAACUCCUACAAGCUUUAACCAGUGCUCUGCUGGACACUGAUAGAAGUUACAAGACUGCUCUAACUGCUGAUGAGAAAAUGUAUUGAGCAGUUUAUAUUUACUAA